UGUGGAAAAAGGAAAAAUGGAAGGGGCGGGAAUGAGUUAUGUGCAAGGAAUGCUAUAAAGAAGAGUGGGAGUGGGGUCGGAAUGGUGCAAUAAAGAGCAAAACCAGAGAAGAGAAGAAAAGAGAGGAAUAAAAACCCUUUCUUUCUCCCAACAAAACCUAACCUUAAAACUUUGAUUGAGCAAUAAUAAACAAACAUAACAUAACAUAACAUAACAAGCAGCGUUGUGUGACAGCAGAUGAACAUGGAAGUGGGUCAGAUGCGGAGACAGUGGUUGGACUACACCAGAUCCCUCUUCCUCGAGGGCUUCCUCGAUGCUCAGUUCAUGCAACUUCAGCAGCUGCAAGAUGACAACAACCCUGACUUUGUCGUUGAGGUUGUCUCUCUCUUCUUCGAAGAUUCCGAAAGGCUUCUCAAAGAUCUCACUUUUGCCCUAGAUCAGAACGCCGUUGACUUCAAAAAAGUUGAUGCUCAUGUUCACCAGUUAAAGGGUAGCAGUUCAAGCAUAGGUGCACAAAGGGUGAAAAAUGCCUGCAUUCCUUUUCGCAACUUCUGUGAGGAGCAGAACACAGAUGCGUGCCUCAGAUGUCUGCAACAAGUGAAGCAAGAGUACUGCCUUGUCAAGAAUAAGCUAGAAACACUGUUCAGGCUUGAGCAACAGAUUGUGGCAGCCGGUGGGUCAAUCCCUAUGGUGGAACUGACACAACUGAGUUUCUAAAGUGGGUGGCUUGUUGGGUUUGUAGAGAUACUUGUAUUAUGAUCCUCUUUGUUAAAAGAUUAUCCUUCUUUUUAUCUUUUGUCAUGUGGUGAAUGUAUGAGUUUUUAUGAAGAUAGAAGUUUCCAUCCAAUGUACCUUUUUCUUCACUAAAAGGCUCUUCAUAAUUUGUAAUCUCUUGCAUGCUUUAAUGAAGGAUGAUAGCACCAUUAAAUGAA